AUAAUUAUACUGCUAGCCUAGUUUGUUUGCGUAACGAUUAUGGCAUGCCUGCCUGACUUGUUUCGCGUUUGUAUUACACUGAUAAUUUGAAAUUUCUGUUUGUCAUCUCAUGAAUUGUGCUUAUUUGUUAGUAUAAUUGAGGCAAUUUAGAUAUACUUUCAAUUAAUUAUUAAAAACCAUUUCCUUUUGAUUAUUAGUUUUGUACAUUUAUACUUUUUUAUUAUUCUUGAUAGGUAAUGUAAACAAUGGCCCCUAACUUCAGUAAAUAUAUUACUCCUUCAUCUGUGGCUGGUGUAGCAAGUGUUUCAUUUCUGAUAUGGCUGAUAUCUCAGAAAAAUAACAAGAGGCCAACAAAAAACAAAAAACCUCCAGUACCUGAUAUACAGUACCUGAUAGGUGAGAAAUCUCCAACUACAACAAAAAAAGCCCAAGUUGAUGCGAUAUUCUUUGGUCAACUUAGAAAAAUUCUUUCAAUAUGUAUAAAAGGAGUAUUUACACCGGAAACUGGGUUUCUUGGUUUGGUUGCGAUGUCACUGAUUGCGAGGUCUCUCUGCGAUAUCUGGAUGAUACAGAACCACACAGCAGCAGAAAAUGCCAUUGUUACUAUGAACAAGCAGUUAUUCAAGAAACACAUUACAGAGUUCUUCAUUGCAAUGCCAUUGAUUUCCUUGGUCAACAAUGUUCUCAAGUGGGGUAUAGGUGAAUUGAAGCUGCGUUUGAGAACAAGACUAACUCAACACUUAUACGAUGAGUACCUCAAGGGCUUUACAUACUACAAGAUGGCCAACCUGGAUUCACGUAUAGCAAAUGCUGACCAACUCCUGACGACAGACGUGCAGAAAUUCUGUGAUAUGUUUGCCGACUUAUACUCCAACAUCUGCAAGCCGAUGCUGGAUAUCGUGAUAUAUGUGUACCAGCUGACAUCACACCUAGGUGGUACCACCCCCAGUGUCAUGAUCGCAUACUUGCUUGUAGCUGGCACCUUCCUCACAUGGUUACGCCGGCCAGCCGGUCGCAUGACCGUUACCGAGCAAAAACUGGAGGGCGAGUUCCGUUAUAUCAAUUCACGACUGAUAGCCAACUCUGAGGAGAUCGCCUUCUACAAUGGAAACAACCGGGAGAAGUUAACCGUGUUGGCUGCUUUCCAAAAACUUACAAAUCAUCUGAGGAAAUUUCUUGAAUUCAGGGCAUUCAUGGGCACUAUUGACAACAUAAUUGCAAAGUAUUUUGCUACUGUAGUGGGUUUCAUUGCUGUCAGUUUACCUUUUCUGAGUUCCACGGGAUGGCUCGCUGCUAGCAGUAAGGAUCAACGUUUCAAGCAAUAUUAUUCGUCUGGACGGAUGCUGGUGAAGUUAGCAGAGGCUAUUGGACGACUGGUUCUGGCAGGACGGGAGAUGACAGGAUUAGCAGGGUUCACGGCCAGAGUGACGGAACUGAUGGUGGUGCUCAAGGACAUCAAUCAGGGACACUACCAGCGCACCAUGAUCAACGACAAGUCCAAGGAAAACAAUUCUAUUGAACCUGCCACUCUUAAGCCGAAAAUUCCGUUGAUCCCUGGAGCUGGAAGAAUUAUUUAUCAAGAUAACAUAAUCAGGUUCAACAGAGUUCCACUGGUUACUCCCAAUGGUGACAUUCUUGUUGAUGAUCUCACGUUUGAAGUCAAAUCAGGCAUGAAUGUGCUCGUGUGUGGACCAAAUGGUUGCGGCAAGUCUUCAUUGUUUAGGAUACUAGGCGAGCUCUGGCCGCUGUUUGGUGGCACGGUGACCAAGCCACCGAGAGGCAAGCUAUUCUACAUUCCUCAACGUCCUUACAUGACUCUGGGAACUUUAAGAGACCAGGUAAUAUACCCUCACACACGUGAGGAAAUGGUGAGGCGGGGCAAGUCUGAUGUGGUGCUGGCCGAACACCUGGAGCGAGUACAACUCACGUAUCUGCUGCAGCGAGAGCAGGGCUGGGACACAAUCGCAGACUGGAUAGAUGUCCUCUCUGGGGGCGAGAAACAGAGGAUAGCUAUGGCCCGCUUGUUCUACCAUCAGCCUCAGUUUGCUAUCCUGGACGAAUGUACGAGUGCUGUGAGUGUCGACGUCGAAGGCUCCAUGUACCAGUACUGCCGGGAGGUUGGUAUCACGCUUUUCACCGUCAGCCAUCGUCGCUCCCUGUGGAAGCAUCACGAGUAUUAUCUCCAAAUGGACGGCCGAGGAUCUUUCGAGUUCAAACGUAUUGAAGAGGACACUGAAGAGUUUGGCUCGUGAUGAAUUGCUCAAACAGAAGAAUAGUUUAUUCCUCCCUUAGGCCUUUGUAACACAAUAUUACUAGAAGAAAUUCAUUUUGAGGUAGAUAGAGGUGGUAGAUGUGUUAUAAUUUAUGGUGAUAAGGUAAAUAUUUAAAAAGUUCCCUGGAAAUGUAUAUAAUGUUUCAUAUAUACGUUAAAACUUUCUGUUGUCUUUCACUUAUUGUUAUUACGAGCUGUAAGUUUUAAACUUCAUUUUUAUUAUUUAUAAAACUAUUGUUAUUUUACCAUAGUGAAAUAUUUCAUUGAACUUUCUUAAGGAUUUUAUUCAGUUCGCAUAUAUUUUCUCUAUUAUAUACUUGUUUAUAUCAAAAAGUUAAUUAUGUAUUAUUUGAUGGACCAUGUAAUUUGUAAUUUUGCUAAUUAAAUUUUCAUCAGUUUUAUAAUACAGGAAUUAUGGAUAGUUAGUUGUUUGGCCCCUCUAUUGAGAAAAGGAAAAAUAUAGUUAUUAAUAUAUUUUAUGUUUAUGAAUGUUUAUUUAUGUUAUUUAACUUAUUUUUUAUGUGCCCAAUCAAAACAGUAUGCCUAUUUAUUUUGUAACUGUGUAAUGUGUAGAUAGUUCACUGUUCAUUUCUAGUCAUUUAAAAUAAUCAGUCAUUCAUCAAUCAAAAUGUCAUUUGAUCACUUCGUUAUGAGGAAAAUAAACACAUUCUUACUAAAAGGAAGCUUAA